AUGGCGUCCUCACUCCGUACGAUUAGACUCGCACAGCGCGUACCCCAGUUGCUUUCAAGAGCUGCGCCAAAGCCAGCUCGCAUCACCAUACAGAAGCGUCUCAUCAACACUGACACCGCGCCCGUCCUCUACAGCGCGUCCGCAAAGGUCAUCGGCGCGCGCACGGGACACGUCCAAGGCGACGACCUCGUCGUGGACCUCACCAUGGCCAAGGCGCUCGGCGGGCCCGGCGACAAGGGCAAGACGAACCCGGAAGAGCUCUUCGCCGCAGGCUACGGCGCGUGUUUCCAGAGCGCCAUGAACGCCUCGGCGGCGAGCAUGAAGAUCCAGAUGCCCAAGAAGUCCGAGGACUCGGUCGUCGAGACGACGGUCCACCUCGUCGGCGACAUGAAGAGGCUGGAUAUGGGCCUGCGUGUGGAAAUGAAGGUCCGCGUCAAGGGCUUGAGCAACGACGAGGUGCAGAAGGUGGUCGACAAGGCUAAGGAGGUGUGUCCGUACAGCCGCGCGACCAAGGGGAACGUGACGACCAACAUCGAGGUCGUCAAGUUUGACGAGAACGGAGACUCUGAUAACUCGAAGCAAAACGUGACCUCGGGGGGUUCGGAGAAGUCCAAGGGCGGCUCGGAGAAAGAACCUGGAGAAGUGAACGGAGUGAGACCGACCGGCCACAGCGACUACCAAUAA